CCGAGCAGAUUUAAAGACAUCACUACGUCCUAGCCUCCUCCGAGAGUGUGAAAAACACGGCCCUUUUUAAGUUCCGCGGUCGGGGAAGAUAAAGGGGGCCUGCACUGCGAAGGAGAAGGGGGCCAGAGUCACCAUCGCCGGAUACAUUUUACAAAAGGCAAUUCCCGGGAAGAAGUGUUAUCCGGUCGGAACCGCGAACUGGUGAAGUACGAAGCCGAGGACUUAGCUGCCCGAGAACGUCAGAAAAUAAAGAAAAUGGCGGAGCCGGACAAAUUAAACAUCGACUCCAUCAUUCAGCGUCUCCUGGAAGUCAAGGGCUCUCGUCCAGGAAAGAAUGUCCAGCUGACGGAGAACGAGAUCCGAGGGCUUUGCCUCAAGUCUCGUGAAAUCUUCCUCAGCCAACCCAUCCUGCUGGAACUGGAAGCGCCACUCAAGAUCUGCGGCGACGUCCACGGCCAAUACUACGACCUGCUUCGGUUGUUUGAAUACGGAGGCUUCCCGCCCGAGAGCAACUACCUGUUCCUGGGCGACUACGUGGACCGAGGCAAGCAGUCCCUGGAGACCAUCUGCCUGCUGCUGGCCUACAAGGUCAAGUACCCCGAGAACUUCUUCCUGCUGCGCGGGAACCACGAGUGCGCCUCCAUCAACCGUAUCUACGGCUUCUACGACGAGUGCAAGCGACGAUAUAACAUCAAGCUGUGGAAGACCUUCACAGACUGCUUUAACUGUUUACCCGUGGCUGCCAUCGUAGACGAGAAGAUCUUCUGCUGCCACGGAGGUCUGUCCCCCGACCUCCAGUCCAUGGAGCAGGUGCGCAGAGUAAUGCGGCCCACGGACGUGCCGGAUCAGGGCCUGCUGUGCGACCUGCUGUGGGCCGACCCCGACAAAGAUGUCCUGGGCUGGGGAGAGAACGACCGCGGCGUCUCCUUCACGUUCGGUGCCGACGUGGUGGCCAAAUUUUUGCACAAGCACGACAUGGACCUUAUAUGCAGGGCACAUCAGGUGGUAGAAGACGGCUACGAGUUCUUUGCCAAGAGGCAACUCGUCACACUGUUCUCGGCCCCCAACUACUGCGGGGAGUUCGACAACGCCGGCGCCAUGAUGAGCGUGGACGAGACUCUCAUGUGCUCCUUCCAGAUCCUCAAGCCUGCCGAUAAGAAGUUGUAUUCUUACGCUGGCCAAGGCCCGAUCGGCGCUGGCAGACCGGUGACCCCACCACGGAAUUCAGCCAAGGGGCCCAAAGCCAAAAAAUAGCACCUGCUUGGGUCUGGCUCCCCUUAAAACCAACCCCCCCCCCCCCCCGACUCUCUGCCUCUACCUCCCAACACAUUUUCUCCCUCAUCACCAAACAGCGACAACGCAAACAGUAUCCAGGGUCCUGUCCUGUUUUUUCCUCUGAAACUAUUUUUAACUGUUUGGCUGUUGGGUGGGUGUGCGUGCGUAUGUGUGUGUGCACGUAUGUAUGAGCAAUGAGAGAGGAUGAAUUAAGAUGCGGCUGUACUGUGCAUAUGAGCAAAUGUGUUUUUGUUUUUUCUCUUUGUUUUUCUUUUUCUCUUUCCCAUGUCCUCUUUGCUCUGUUAUCCUGUCACUUUGUAGAUGAAAUGGG